GUGAGCUCCGUCUGUCUGUGUGGAAGGACGAAGGCAAACAGCGCAGACACACACUCAUCACCACAAACACAACUUGUAGCUUCUGUCGCUCUGAAUUAGCAAACGCACAAUGAUUCCCACUUAGGUUAGGUUUGUUUGUUUGUUUUUAAGUAUAUUUUUUCGGUUAAGUUGAAGCGGACUGUGGGAGUUUGAGCUUCUGUAAAGUUGCUGUCCACAUGGAGCUGAGCAGGAGGAAGGUGCCUCUGUAUGGCCAAGCCAAGGUUUUUACGUUGCUGGAGGGUUUGGAUUCAGUGCCAGAGGAUGUGGAGGUCUAUGUUGUGCUGGAAGGAUCCACACUGGUCCAUGUGACAAGGGCUCAGAGUGACAUCAUGCUCUACUUCAUUGUCCCUGGACAUAAUAUGGCCGAGGUGGUGUCUGUUCAGGCCUACCUGUGCUCUGAAACCACACCCCUGACCUGGGUGGGCGGAGCUUCUCUGGAAUAUGUACAAGACGAUGCACAGGACCUGGCAGAGCACCUGGUAAUCCAUGGACACAGUCUGAACUCUAGGGAUCACAUGGAGCUAAGCAGCCUCUUCAACUUGGGCCAGGAGAGCUCUCGCUGGGCCAUGGAUCACCGUGUUGCUCUGGCCAUGGCCAACUUAGAUAUUCCAAAUAACUGGAAUGUACUGGGGAGCCACAACGGAGAUGAACACAGUCCCAGGGAGUCCCUACUCCACCUGGCUGUGCGCUGGGGUCUGUGUCGUCUGGCUGAGUUGCUGCUCUGUCAGCCAGGGGGUCUCAUGGCCGUCAGUCUCCCAAAUGAAGAUGGAGUCACACCGCUGCAGCUCGCGCAGACAGCUGGCAAGACUGAGCUCCUGGAGCUGCUCACACACCCACCCAACCCUCUGGCCACACCCCCUGCGGGUCUGUCCCAGGUGUGGGCAGAUCAGGCGCGGUUGCUCAGGUACUGUCACGACACAGGGAACCUGACGCUAACUGCCCGACAACACCUAAGAUGGAGUUCAGAGGAAAGCCGCCAUGCGGACAUCCUGCUUCUCAGAGACCGGCUCAGAGAUGAAGACUUCCUCAGAGAGAUCAAAGCAUUGAGAAGGGAGCGAGUGGAGACGAUCUUAGGGAAGGAAGAGCUGGUGGAUGAUCCUGCAGAGAACGGACUGUACUCUGAUAUCAAUGGAGGAGACUCGACCGCAGUGAAAAGCGGGAAUAUUUUUGACUACGAGGAGCCGCUGAUCUUUUGCCUGAAUGAAGAGGACGAAGACGACGACCAGUCCCAGUCUGACCCGGAGAAAAGUCAGUCCAUAAGGGAGAGCCAGGCCUCGUCCCCAACACUGGCUGCAGCUGCCAGACUGUCAGCCAUGAUCCACGGCAAAGACAGAGUGUACGCCAACGCCAUGCUAGUGGACCAGGUGGAUGAUAUAGACAUUAAGUACCGCUCACCAGGGGAGGAGGAGGAGGAGGGGGGCAGUCCUGCACCCCAUGUUGGAAGCCCAUGCUUGGACUCUUUCUCCAUGACUCCCCUCGACUCAGGGACUAGCCGACAGAAACGACACCCAUCCUCACCUUAUAUUAAUCCAGAGAGGGGAAUCCAAGGAUCCAGCCCCAAGAAUCCUGCAGAGCUGCCCCCCCAUGCUUCUCCCCCCUCUCCCUUUGCAUCCUCCCCGUCCUUUCCUUCCUCUCCCCUGGCUUCCGCUCUGCGUUCGUUGGAAGGAGGACAGAGGCGACUGAUACAUCCCUGCCUUCCAGUCUCUCCUGCUUUGAGUAGCAGAGGAUGCAACUUACUGGAGCGGACAAGGGGUCUGAGUCCUAGUCUGGAGUGUGACAGUGGAGAGGACGACAUCCUGGGACAUUCCUACCCCUCCUCAUCUUUCAAACAACAGUCUAGUCUGCGCUCCAGCUCAGGAGAGGAGCGGGACUCCUUCGACACAUCACCGGACUUUAACCGCUCGCACUCUGAGAGCACACACACCUCCAGCAAGAGCCCAGAGGAAGCAGAGGUCCGCCUGCGCUCCUACUCCUACUCCUCCCCCAAGGCCAAGCCGUCACGGCCGCUGCUAAACAGAGACGCAGCCAUCACUGACCUCGCUGAAGAGCAGAGAGCCUUCAGCCUGACUGAGACUCCCAGAGAGAAAAGGGUUUUGGGUUUCCGUAAGCGGGCCCAGUCAGCAGAGGAGGAGAGCAGCGCAUCACUCCAACACCUUACCCUCACAGAGUUCCUCAAAGAAAUCGAGGAUGAGGAGUGGGAUAAAUACAUAAUUCCCUCUAAAGUCGAAUCAGAGAAGUACAAAGUCAGCCGGACCUUCAGCUUCCUCAAGAGCAGGAUGUCCAGCACACGCAACAAGACCAAGGUGAAGGGGAAAGAGGUGAAGGAGGGAAAGGAGAAGUCCGGAGCUGCUAACGGACACCAGUUUGCUCCCGUGUCUCCGUCUGGUCCUGCUCUCUGUGUGGCCUGUGAAAAGUCCAUUUCUGGGAAGGAGCUGUUGCAGUGCUCCAACUGUUUCCUGAAUGUCCAUAAAGGCUGUCGGGAGUCUGUUGCAGUCUGCGGAAAGAAGCCACAGGACCGGAAUGCACCGCUGAUGAAAAGCAAGACAUUGUCUCUGCCACUGAACUCGUUUAAAGACAGCUCUCCAGUCUCCCUGUUCUCCUCUUCCUCUUCGUCCUCCACAUUUCCAACAAAAGAGCCAAGAGAGAAGAAAGACACAGUGGCCCCUUUCUCCAAAAGCCUAUCUGUCUCCAUAGAUACCAGACGGCUGAGCGAUACAGCAGCAGUGGAUGGAGAGUGCACCCCGCCCCCUUUACCAAGUAGUUCAUUGGCUGAUGAAGGGCUGAUCGCAGCGGCUCCGCCUUCCACUGACCCAGCAAUCAUCACACGAGAUGCUAUUGAGGCUCCUCUAAUGAGUGACCUAUCAGCCGACCUGCUGGGACUAGACGCCGAGUCCUGGAGUCUGGCAGUUAGUCCUGAGUUCUGCAGGAAGCACGACAGAUAUACCAUCAAACGGCAGGAUGUUAUUUAUGAGCUGAUGCAGACCGAGCUGCAUCACAUCCAGACGCUGACCGUCAUGUCAGAAGUGUUCCGCAGAGGGAUGCUGGAGGAGCUGCAGCUGGACCUGGACUGUGUGGCCCGGAUAUUCCCCUGCCUGGACCCCUUGCUUCUCUUCCACAGGAAUCUGUUUGGAGCACUGCAAGAACGAAGACAAGCCACAACUCAACCCGAUGACCCUCGAAAUUACCUCAUCCAUCAGAUCGGGGACAUACUGCUUCAGCAGUUCUCAGAUGAAAAUGCUGAGAAGAUGAAGCAGGUGUACGGAGAGUUUUGCAGUCACCACACAGAGGCCGUCAAUGUUUUCAAAGAGCUGCAACAACAGAACAAGAAAGUCCAAAACUUUGUCAAACAACAGAGCAACAACACCCUGGUGAGACGGCGAGGGGUGCCAGAGUUUAUUUUACUGAUCACUCAGCGCAUCACCAAGUAUCCGGUGCUGCUGGAAAGGAUAUUACAGUACACUCAGGAGGGAACCCAGGAACACUGCCACUUGUCGUGUGCUCUGGCCCAGAUCCGCGACAUCAUUACAACAGUGGACAUGACUGUAAGUAAAUACGAGAGGUGUCAGGAGCUACAGGAAGUGCUGACCCGGCUGGAAAACAAGAGCUUCGCUAAGCUGAAAAACGGGAAGGUGUUCCGCAAGCAGGACCUGCACAGCAAACACAGAGCUCUGCAACACAAAGGCCUGGUCUACUGGAAGACCGCCACAGGACGCCUAAAAGAUACAUUAGUUCUCCUCCUCACAGAUGUUUUAGUUUUCCUACAAGAGAAAGACCAGCGCUUCAUAUUUGCAGCUGUGGACCAGAAACCUCCGGUCAUACCUCUGCAGAAGCUCAUUGUUCGAGAAGUAGCCAAUGAGGAACGAGGGAUGUUCCUCAUCUCUGCCUCUUCAGUCGGACCAGAGAUGUAUGAAGUUCACACAACCAGCAGAGAAGAGAGGAAUGCAUGGAUGAGACACAUACGACAAGCAGUGGAGAGUUGUCCUGAGGAAGAGGAGGAGGAAGAGCGGAGUGCUGAAUCUGAGGAGGCAAGGCGGGCAGCUGAAGCCAGAAUUCAGAAGAUCACUAAGUUCCAAGAGACGUUGUUGGGUCAAGACCAGCUCAUCUGCAACAGCCUGGAGGAGAAGUUACAUCUGUACGCGGAGCUCACUGAUCUGACACUUGGCUCUCCAGAACCUGUACCACACCGCCAUCUGCUGGUGCAAGCAGACACUGACACUGAGAUGCCACGACAGGCCUCCUCACUGCUCACAGCUGCACUCAGAGAAGCGGAGAACCUGAUCAGCAUUCUGCAGUCUCGUGAUGCUGUUUCAGUUCAAAGCCAGUGUUCUCCGGUGAGACGACCAGAGUGCUGCAGCUACAACAGUCACGGCAGCAGCGUCCACGAGUCUCCGUCUGAACCAGAUUAUCUGAGCACGCUCAGUAUGAGCUCCACCUCUCUGGGAUCAGACAGUGAGCUGACAGGGCUGGAUGGUGUUUCAUGGAGUUCUGCGGCAGAGCUCAGAAGAGGAGACACCAAAGGGACACUGUUAAAGGUGGCAGAGAGUGUCCAGAGUCUGACUCAGCUUCUGUAUAGUCUGCAGGCAACGGUGAACCUGCAGGACAGCUGCUACGAAGUUCAGAAGCUUCUUCUUCAAGAGACAGAGCUGCCUCAGCUCCGGACCCUCACAUCACUCCAAAACAAUACGGAACAGGACAAACAAAAGAGCACUGAAAAGAAGAAAGAGGAAGUUGAAAAGAGGGGAUUCGAGAAGAAGAAGGAAGAGGUGGUUGAGGUGCAGAAACUCCAUGUGAAGCUGAAACAAGAGCAACAGCGCUGGGACAAAGAGUGUGUGGCCAGAGAGAGACAACAGUCUGAACAUCAGAGUAUGUUGGAGCAGCGUGAGCAGCAGUGCUUCCUGGAGGCCGAGCGGCUCCGCUGUGAGAGAGAGGAGCUGGAGGCCCAGCUGCUGGAGUAUCAGCAGAAUCUGGAACGACUGAGGGAGGGCCAGAGGAGUGUGGAGAGAGAGAAGGAGAACAUCGAAGCCCAGCAGAGGAUCCUCCAGAGCUGGAGACACAACCGGCAGAGCAGCCUGCCUGUAACCAUACCAUUGGAUGGUUAUAAGGUGUCCAGUCACAGUCGCUCAGGCAGCCUCGAUGGCAGCUGUUCAGUGUAUGAGAAUGAGGCUCUGCUGGCCAGCCUCCAGCAGAACCACCUCCAUCAACCCACCACCACCAACAACAACCAGCACCAGAAUCUCCUCCCCACUCCAAAGAAGACCCAGAAUGGACCCCUGAACAGCUCCAGCUACAGCACUAACCUCGGCCUGAGCGCCAGCCUCUACAACAGCCUCAACACACUGCUGAGUCAGGCUCACAGUAAACAGCUCCCUGAUGAGCUGACGCGCCCCAACUAUGGGAACAACCACGGAUCCCCUCGACCGCUCAAUGAUUCCAUCCACCCAUUGAGCAGCAGGGCCAGCACACUGCCACAGAAGCCCAGCAACACAGACUUCUGCCCACCUUUGAACAGACAGUCCCUGGGCCCCUGGAGGUCAGAGGUUACAGGGGACAGUCUUUAUGAGGAUGACUACUCGUCUCCGUCGCUCACACCCCUCCUCCCUCCACAGGCUUACCUCUCUCUGGAAGGACAGAACGGGGAGGAGGGAGGCGAGGAGAACAUCGUUUAUCUCUGAGAAGAUCAAUACAAGCUGCCUGAUAUUUAACUGGAUCCAUAAAUGAUACCUGGUGUUGUCCGGCUGUAUCUGUGUGUGUGUUUCCACCCAGAUAAUCAGAUAAGUGACUGUUUGAGGGAAGGAAUUCUACACAGAUGAACGCAGUGUAUCAUUUUCUUCCUACAUGAUCAAACCAUUGUGCCUUUUUUCCAAAAAAGCUCUUUGUACAACAGCUUUUUACUUUUUACUCUUAAUAACAUCAUGUAUAAAUCAGUGUCGGAAGUUAAACUUGAUUUUUUUUUUUUUUUUUUAAGUAUCUGUUGCACCUGUUAAAUGGCAGAGGUACUUAGGUGCCAAAAUACUGGGCUCUAAAGCAACAGGAACUAAUAACAGAAUAAGAAAUAUUGGUAUUAUUUUACCAUGAGCACUUAAAAUAAAAUGGAAAUAUUAAGAAGCCAAUUGAGCCCUUCCCAAAUCGCUGUACAGCUUAAAUUGAUAUUUAUAAGGAUUUGUGAGCAAAAAUAUGCUGACAUGAUUGUAUAGAUGUUGAAUAUAUGUAUAGUUUUCUGGAAAGGCUACCUAUGCACACAUUAUUGUAAGAGGAACAGAAUGUUCCUGUCCUUUGUUUCUCACUGAAGUGCCAAAAUCCUGCUUUCUGAUAAUGUAAGAAGUGAUUUCUGUAAAGAAUGUGUAUCUUCUUUUCUCGUAAUUUAUUUAAAGUCAACUGCUUCAUGCACUGUCAACAUUAAUAUUUUAUUUGCUAUGUAUAAUCUCUGUAAUCAGAACUGUGCUGUGCCAUAUUAAUAUCAUGCUGCAUAUAAAAACACUUUGAUGCGAA